UCGUGUCGCUAUAGCAACGGGACGCCAUGGGCCUGGACUACUACGCUGUGCUGGAGCUGGACCGCGGGGCCACCGCCGACGCCAUCAAGAAAGCCUAUCGGAAGUUGGCCCUGAAGUACCACCCACUGAAAUGCAAGGAGCCCUGGGGCCCGAAGAGGUUCCAGCAGCUGGCGGAGGCCUACGAUGUGCUCAGCGACCCUAUGAAGAAAGGCAUCUACGACAAAUUUGGGGAGGAGGGGCUCAAAGGUGGCAUCCCCUUGGAGUGUGCGAGCGACAACCCUUGGAGCGUCGGAUACGUGUUCCACAACAACCCCGAGAAAGUCUUCAGGGAGUUCUUUGGAGGGGACAACCCCUUUGCAGAGUUCUUUGCCGAGGAUGGCUCGGAGGUGCUGCUGCCCUUUGGAGGGCCCCGAGGCCGGGGGGCCCUGCGGCAGGACCCCCCCGUGGUGCGGGAUCUCUACGUGUCCCUCGAGGACCUGUUCCAUGGCUGCACCAAGAAGAUCAAGAUCUCCCGCAGGGUGAUGAACGAGGACGGGCAGACGAGCACCAUCAGGGACAAGAUCCUGACCAUUGACGUGCAGCCGGGGUGGCAGCGCGGCACCACGGUCACCUUUGAGAGGGAAGGAGACCAGGGCCCAAACAUCAUUCCAGCCGACAUCACCUUUGUUGUCCAAGAGAAGCUGCACCCAAGGUUCAAAAGGAUCGACAACAACCUCCUUUAUGUUGCCAAAAUCUCCCUGGCAAAGGCACUGACUGGAUGCACCCUGGAUGUGUGGACGCUGGAUGGGAGGCUGCUGAACAUCCCCAUCAACGACAUCGUGGACAGCCCCAAGUACUACAAAAUGGUGCCGGGAGAGGGAAUGCCGCUGGCCCAGGACCCGCAGCGCAAGGGGGACCUCUACAUCUACUUUGACAUCCUCUUCCCCAAGAGGCUCAGCCCUGAGGUGAAAACACUCCUGAAGAGCGUCCUCCAGCCCUAGGGACAGUGACCUUCCCCCUCUCCCCCCUGCCUUAUCCCCCCAGUAAAGCUUUGGAGCCAGCA